UAAACUUUUCAUGAUCCUCAAAUUUCCAGUCUUCAAUCCACUCCUCCUUCUCCUACUAUAAAUAUACAUUCCCAUUCCUCUGUUUUUCAUCCUCAAUCUGCAAAUUCUGCUCUGUUUUUCGAACCAAUCAGUUUCCCAGAUUUGAAUUUCUUGUUUGAAGCAUGUCGAAGGAUAUUGAAGCCGGAGGGCGUGGUGGGUUUAGCGGCAAGGAUUACCAAGACCCGCCGGCAGCGCCAUUGAUCGACGCACAGGAGUUUGCUCAGUGGUCAUUUUACAGAGCCAUUAUAGCCGAGUUUGUUGCUACCCUUUUGUUCUUGUAUGUCACGGUUCUCACUGUCAUUGGGUAUAAAGUUCAGAGUGAUGUUGACAAUGGAGGCCAGAUUUGCGGCGGCGUAGGCAUUUUGGGCAUCGCUUGGGCCUUCGGCGGCAUGAUUUUUGUACUCGUUUACUGCACCGCCGGUAUUUCCGGGGGACACAUAAAUCCGGCGGUGACAUUUGGGCUGUUCUUGGCUCGGAAGGUGUCGUUGGUGAGAGCCGUAUUAUACAUGGCGGCGCAGAGUUUGGGCGCCAUUUGUGGGUGUGCGUUAGUGAAGGCAUUUCAAAACGGCCACUACAAUGAGUACGGCGGUGGAGCCAAUUCGCUCGCCGACGGUUACAGCACCGGCACCGGAUUAGCCGCCGAGAUCAUCGGAACCUUCGUUCUCGUUUACACUGUGUUUUCCGCCACCGACCCGAAGAGAAAUGCCAGAGACUCCCAUGUUCCGGUUUUGGCGCCACUCCCAAUUGGGUUAGCGGUGUUCAUGGUUCACUUAGCCACGAUUCCGAUCACCGGCACCGGUAUCAACCCAGCUAGAAGCUUCGGAGCUGCAGUGGUGUUCAACAAAUCCAAGCCAUGGGAUGAUCAAUGGAUGUUUUGGGUCGGACCCUUCAUCGGAGCUGCCAUUGCUGCAAUUUACCAUCAGUUCAUAUUAAGAGCAAGCGCCGGCAAGGCUCUGGGAUCAUUCACAAGCUCCUGAUUAAUGGGCGCCGCCGUGUUAAAUAAUGAUUUACAAGCUCCUGAUUAAUGGGCGCCGUCGUGUUAAAUAAUUAGGCAAAAAAUGCCUAUUUGGUUUUAAUUUUGCUUUCUGUGUUCUAUGUAAUUACUUAACAUCUCAUGAUGUUGUUUAUAUAUAAGUACGUAUCCAACCAUAUUCAAAGUAACUAAUGAACUUAAUUAUGGUCUAA